AUGUGGAACUCUGAAGCAGAACCCAAUGAAGACAAUAGCGUACGUUUGUUUGAUAAAAAUAUAUUGCAACUUCAAAUAACCAAUUUUUAUUUUUAUAGAAAUUGGAACAGACAGCCAAACGAGAAUUAGACCAUGGUGGCUCAGAUGAUAGUACUUCAAAGGCCACUGAAGAUAAAGCCAAAAAGCAGCGUACAGAAGUUAUUAAUAACCCGACAGACACUAAUGAUAGAAGGUAAAUUUCUGUAAUUUAUCAUUUUUUGUUAAAAAGUUUUGUAUAACUGUUCUAACAUAAUAUUCUGCUGUAUUGUUUUGUUCACUUAGAUAUCAAACUAACUCAGAAACAUUGGGACCGGUCCAACCUAUUGAUGCAGCAAUUUAUCUGGCUAAACUUGGCGAAUCAGUAUGCAAAAUGGGAGUAAUAUUGAUAGAACAAGAAGUGAGAUAUUAAAUUUACAUGUGUACAUUUAGUUUUGAAUAUCUAAAUAUUAAAUGUUUAUUUUAUGUGUCAAGGACGAAUCAAAUAUGAACAACAGUUUAUCAAUACUUGUGGAUACUCUUUUAUGUAUCUUGGAACCCUUAUUUUGUCUUGCUCAACAAGUUCCAGAGUUAUAUGUUCACUCCCAAGACAUACUGGAAAACCUUAUGGAUGAUUUAGAUAAAAUAAUGCAAGGGUUUUAA